GUUAGCCUGAGUCUCAUCAGCCUAGUUUUCUGUCCCAAGCCAAGAAAUUGACUCCUCUGGUCCCUUUUCAGUUUGUCCUGUCUUCCUGGAAUUCCUUUGUUCCUGGGUUUCCACUGGGUCUUGGCACCCCACCCCACCCCUCUUCACUAUUGCUCUGGUUUUGCUACCCAAUGGCAGCCUCCAGGUCCUUGUGGAGCUCCUCCCCUGCCUAGGCCUUAAAAACCCGCCUGCAGCCAGCGCCCUCAGACGCCCCAGGUGGCACCUCACCUGUUCUGAGACAAGCUGAGAGAAGGACUUCAACCAAGAGAGGAAGUGAGCAGCAGCAGAGAGGAACACGUCUGUUCCAAGUCCAUGGCAGGUUUGGAGGUUUGUGACGGGCCACAGGCUUCCUAGAGGACACAAGCGAUCCAGCUGAGCAGGACCUAAGGACUUCUUUGUAUUCAGUGAGUAUCAGAUGCUGUGGCCCACAGAUGUGAGGGCUGGCCUGGCCUGAGAGCAACAGAUCCACCUCCUGUGCAAUUGAGACCCAUCCCGAACUCGAACUCCGAACCCUGUUGAGUGCGUGAUUCAGGCUGAGAGCUGAGAAGACCUGAGGAGCAGAUGGCUUCUACUGGCCUUGAACUCCUUGGCAUGACCCUGGCAGUGCUAGGCUGGCUAGGGACCCUGGUGUCCUGUGCGCUGCCCCUGUGGAAGGUGACCGCCUUCAUCGGCAACAGCAUCGUUGUGGCCCAGGUGGUGUGGGAGGGGCUGUGGAUGUCCUGUGUGGUCCAGAGCACCGGCCAGAUGCAGUGCAAGGUGUACGACUCACUGCUGGCGCUGCCCCAGGACCUGCAGGCUGCCCGAGCCCUCUGCGUUGUCGCCCUCCUGCUUGCUCUGCUGGGCCUGCUGGUGGCGAUCACCGGUGCCCAGUGCACCACAUGUGUGGAGGAUGAAGGUGCCAAGGCCCGAAUUGUGCUCACCGCAGGGGUCCUCCUCCUCCUCUCGGGCAUCCUGGUGCUCAUCCCUGUCUGCUGGACAGCCCAUGCCAUCAUCCAGGAUUUCUAUAACCCACUGGUGGCUGAAGCCCUCAAGAGAGAGCUGGGAGCCUCCCUCUACCUGGGCUGGGCAGCGGCUGCGCUGCUCAUGCUCGGUGGAGGGCUCCUCUGUUGUACAUGCCCCCCAUCUCAUUUUGAGCGGCCCCGUGGACCCAGGCUGGGCUACUCCAUCCCUUCCCGUUCAGGUGCUUCAGGACUGGAUAAGAGAGACUAUGUGUGAGGCUGAGGCUUCCUUCCUCCAGAAGCUCAAACCUGCAGCCUUAUGCCCAGGC